CCUCUGAGACAGGAGGACGACAUAACACCGAUAAAGGGAAAACAGACACUGUCAGCUGAAAUGGCGGGUAAGUACAGCAGCAACCACACAAUUGCCGCUUAUGGUUUGGACAUUUACAGGGGUUUUCAAAUCAUUUUCAAGGUUGCUUAAUAUUGUUUAUGUAUGUUACAUCUUUACAUUUGGAUAUUGAGAUACAGUAUAUUACUAAUGAUGCAAAUCUUAUAGAUACCACGGUAACCAAAAGGCUCUUUAUCCUUUAGAAAAGGGUCAUCUCAGAGUUAGGAUAACCAAGAGUAGAGAUAGUAUGCUUGAGUCCUUAAAAAAUAGCAAUAGGCAUUGAAACUGUACUGACAGUACAGCUGUACUGGAGCUGAUUAGGGGAGGGAAGUACCGUAUAAGUAUGAUACAGUACAAUACUGUAUAAGCCUUGGGUUUGGCAAAUAUCUAUUUAUUUUGAGGUCCCUCCCAGACAGGAACAAGUUCACAAAGGGUAUUACCUUGAUGGACAUAGUUUUACAAAAAUCUAUCCAUGACCUUGUAUAUAAAUGUCUCGUUAUGACCAUAGAUACUCUACUUUGAACAAGCUUAGCAGGUCUGUGGCUUCCUAUCAGGCAUUGCGAUUUGCACCUUUUAAUUUCUGUGAAAUGUUUCGGAGUAUUUGCCAUCUUUCGGAAAUGUCAAUAUAAUAUUCACAAUAACUCUCUAGCUCCCCGUGCUGGUCAGCCUGUGUCGGUAACAGUGGGUGUUGUAUGGAACUUCAGCUUGGAUCCUCCACCACCACAACCGCCACGACUUACAGGUGGGUCAUUCCACAAUCCACAGCAUUAUUGAAACAACAGAUUCAAAAGUUGUGUUUUUCUAACUAUAUUACAAUAUAUUACAAUGUAACGUGCUUUGAGCAUCUGGUAAAGCGCUAUACAGUAAAAACAAUCAAUUCUAAUUAUUAUUAGUGUCUGCAUUGUGUCUCCAAUCAUGUGAGAGGGGAAAACAUGUUGGUUACUUCCAGUCCUCUCUCUGUCCCUCUCUCCAGUAUGGGCCACACUUGUGUUCGCUGUUAUAACCGUUGCCCGGAUCAUCAUAGGUCAGUUACAGGCCAGAACCCAUCUCUGUUUAGACAUGCAUCCUGUUACCUCUAUCAUAUUGUUAAUUACCACCUAAAGUGCUUAUUUCCAUACAUAGGUGUCAUGUACAAAAACGAUUGCCCCCAGCAACCGUACAUCCCCAGCUACCUGCUAGGGAUGGCCAUCUUCAACCUGAUUAUGACAACAUGGAUGUCAUUCCCCUGGGACCCAGAGAGGAGCGGGCAACAGCAGACCCCGAGGAGCUGUAUCUGUGGCUCACUGCAAUUAUUGUUGGCUUUGUCAGUGUUCUGUUGGAUCAUUGCUGGUGAGAGAAAGGAGUGCUGUAAAAACAUCAACACAAAGUAGAGGCUGAAAUUGUUUAGUUUAGUUUCAUUAUCAACACAUUUCAAAUAAAAAAAUACAUUAUUUUUAUGUAAUACACAAAACUAUCUUCAGGUCUGUGUCAAUAGAAAUGUAAUUGAAACAUGGUAUUGUUUUCUUAAUGACCUAUUUGUCAACACUGUCUGCAGGAAAUGUGUGGAUCUUCUCUGUAUACCAACCCAACUACGACCCGACCCGUUCAGACGGCCAGUACUGUAACAAGACCCUGUACACGUUUGCCUUCUGGAACGCAGUGCUUGAAACCUUGGUGUUGGGAGCGAUGCUAGUUAACUGCUGCAAA